AUGGCAAAGAAGAAACCAUCCUCAUCAAGCACAAGAGUUCCGGCUAAGGUAAAUGGAUCGUACACGUUUCCAAGCAAUUUUAACCAAUUAGCAAUCAAGAAGUUGACUUACACACCAUCUAUCGAAUGCCCCAUUCCUGGCCAGGUGAUUUUGAUUUCGAAGUUUCUCCCCCCACAAGUGUGCCAGGAGUUAAUGGUUAGUUUUGAGUCAGGUUUGGACAUUAUUACUACACCAUUGAUCAAGAGCAAAGAUUACGCUGCUAGAGUCAAUGAUAGGGCUUUGAAAACAGAUUAUGGGGCAUCUGAAAUACUCUGGAAGUACUUACAAGAAUAUCUCUUUUACGAGUCUGAUUACGAGUCUGAGGAUGAUAAUGAAACAUGCUUUAUCAAAAAAGAAUUCCAGAGAGCAAUAGGUUUAAAUCCUCAGCUUCGAAUUUAUCGAUAUCUUAAGGGACAUUAUUUUGGUAAACACUAUGAUGACUCUGUCACUGCAUUCAUGGAUUCUAAAGAAAAAGUGAAAGGCUUAAGUCGGUGGACACUUCUAAUAUAUUUAACUGGAGAUACAGAAUUUGAAGGAGGAGGAACAGUAUUUCACUACAACGACCCAAAAUCUCGAAAGCAAGUUGAACUCAACGUCCAUCCUUCGAAAGGUAUGGCUUUAUUGCAUAAACAUGGAGAUGAUUGUCUUCUACACGAAGCAGAAUUAGUUAAGUCUGGUGUCAAAUGGGUCCUUCGAAGCGACGUUGUCUUCCCUUUAUCAUAG